AUGCAGACUGCUUCUACAAACAUUUGUGAAAGAAUGGGUCGCUCUCAGGAGCUCAGCGAAUUCAAGCAUGGUACCGGGAUAGGUUGCCACCUGUGCAAUAAGCCCAUCCCUGACAUUUCCUUGUUACUAAAUAUUCCACGGUCAACUGUUAGUGGUAUUAUAACAAAGUGGAAGCAACUGGGAACAACAGCAACUCAGCCAUGAAGUGGUAGGCCACGUAAAAUGACAGAGCGGGGUCAGCACAUGCUGAAGCGCACAGUGCACAGAAGUAAGCAACUGUCUGCAGAGUCAAUAAUGGUCCAGUGAAGGGAAUUCUUAAGGCAUCCAGCAUAACAAGACAUUUUGGACAAUUUCAUG